AUUUUCUCCUGGACAAGCCCGGUAGUCAAGAGGAUGUUGCUGGAAGAGGCAAUGCGGGAGGUGGGUGACUUCGGUCGCUUCCAGUACCUGCUCAUCGCGUACCUGUGCGUGUUUGUGGCACCGCUCCGCGUGCUGCCACUCUUCGCGCACAUCUUCAGCCUUCUGGUGCCCCCGCAUCGAUGCCGCUUGCCCCGAAACGUGUACGCGGCCAUCAACGUCUCCCAGGAGAACCUCCUGGAGAUGGCCUUACCUCGUGAUGAUGACGGACACCUCAGCCGUUGUCGGAUGUACGACGCCAACGCCACGCUGUCCCGGUGGCUGGCGGUGCACGGCUCUGCGGACACUGUGGAUGACAUGCAUUCUUCCUGGGGAGACGUCUCCUCCGAGCUUCCUGUAACGACGUGUCAGUUUGGCUGGGAAUACGACUUCACGCUUUUCUAUCCCAGCGUGGUCUCCGAGAUGGACUGGGUGUGCGAGCAUGCCUGGAAGGCGUACGUAUCCAACACUGCGUUCUGGGUAGCUACAGCCGUUGGAGUGUUGAUCUGCGGGAACCUCAGCGACAGGAUCGGACGGGUUCCCGUGAUGAUCGGGGUGAACGUGCUGUGCGGAGCGGCGGGCCUGUACACUUACUUCACGGCGGGCUUCGUGCACUUCGUCGUCAGCAGGGUCUUCGUGGGUCUCGUGGUGCUGGCCAUCAGCAUCAUGCCUUUCGUCCUCGUGGUGGAGUACGUCGCCCCCGAUCGGCGGAUGAUGGUGCUGAGUGGCUUCCAGGUCUCGUACCCGCUGGUCGGGGCAGCCUUUCCCUGGCUCGCCUACUACCUCGCCGACUGGAGGAAGCUCACGCUGGUCUCGGCUCUGCCUCCUCUGCUCGCACCCUUGUCAACCUGGUUUGUUCCGGAGUCUCUGCGUUGGCUCAUUUCCCGAGGGAAAGAGCAGAGAUCGAAGAACAUCCUUAAGUUCGUCGCUAAAGUCAAUGGCAAAAAAUUGUCAGAUGACUUCAUGCAGAAAUGCCAGUUCCCUCCCCCGACAGAACUUAGCGGGACCAAGGCCUCAUCCAUAGACCUGCUCAAGACGCCCAAUCUACGAAAGAACUUCAUCUUAUCCCUGGUUGUGUGGACGUUGGCGUGCCUGGUGUACACGGCCGGACAGCUGUACGCCGCCAACGCGAGCCGGAACCCGUUCGUAAUGACGACUGCCGUGAACCUGGUGGAUAUCGUGGCCACCAUCAUCGCGCUGCCCCUUGCCGACCGCUGGGGACGCAGGCCUACCAUGAUGACCGCUUACACCUGCGCCGCCUUCGCCUACGUCUUCGCGGUCGCCGUGCCUAGAGGAAGCCCGGUUGUCGAGACCCUGGUGUUCAUGGCAGCCAGGGUGUCCCUCACGAUGGCCUACAACGUGGGCUACCUGUACGCUGCCGAGGUGUACCCGACUGCGGCCAGGUCGCAGGCCCUGUCUAUGCGACAGGCCUUCGGAUCUGUCGGCAAGUUCUUCAGUUCGCAGGUCACGCAGCUGGCGGCGUACGGGCGUCCUAUCCCGCUGAUCCUGAUGGGAGGGAUGUCGUUCCUGCUGGCCGCGCUGACUUUCCCGAUGCCCGAGACGCUGCACCAGCGGCUCCCGGAGACCCUCGACGACGGCGAGCGCUUCGUGCACGGCCAGUACACAUGCUGCGUGGCCGAGAAGCCCUCGGACGCCCAGCCGACCGCCAGGGCACGCUCCCUGUCCGUCAUCUCGGCGGCGUCGGCCGUCAGCGUCAGCCCCGACUAAGGACCUCGUCGACAGCCGCGACGGCGCGCUUGGCGGACAGACGAAGUAGAGGAACGAACGAGCGA